AUGCUCGUAUCAGCGCAAGUGACUUCGACGCAGACUUGGAGCUUCCAGGACCUGCGCGGCCAGGUUGACGCCAAAGACUCGGACGACCACAAGCUUUUCAAGCGCGCCGUGCGACGGCUCUCAAAGGACCCCGUCCGCCUCGAUGAAGAGCUCGUUCUGGGCGCAGAACGCCGCGGGCAGGACCUCUUGGCUGCCAACACGACGCAUAUUGACACAACGCUUGUGCACACGCACGAAGCGCACGGCAUCAAGAUUUACGAGCGCCGGACCAACGACGCGGUGCUGCUGCACGGCGCAACGUCCGUCUCGGGGUCGGUCGACAGCAUCAUGGACCUCUUUGACUUGGGCACGACGGACGCGUUCGAGGCCACGAUGCGUCAAGUGCUACCCGGCCUUUUCUACGAAGGAGCUACGAUUGGCGUCGGCGGCGCCACAAACGUCCACUGGAUGUCGCUCUACGGUGAGCAGACGUCGGACGCGGUCCGGCACGACAUGGUGUUUCUGUCGUGCGCCACGCGCUACGAGACGCUGCGAGGCGCCGCCGUUCCGACGAGCGACAGCUCGGACCUCGACGAGAACGUCUGCCGCGUUACGUUCACGCUGGAGCUCACUCAGGUGGACCCGAACAACAUGCCACUGCGGCACUGGAUGGAGCACGCGGUCGUGACGGCGCUCUCGAACCUCACAACGCAGUGCCGGUCAGUGAACCUCAAGCUCGUUCCGCGGUCGCUCUGGACCGAAGAGAGCAAGUGCCAUCUUUGCAAGAAGGGUUUCAACAUCUUCCACUUACUUCGUCGCCGACACCAUUGCCGCCUCUGUGGCCACUCGAUUUGCAACGAGUGCUCGACGUUCGUGACAAUCGAGUCGGAGGGCAUGGCGCAAAAGUCGACGCGCCUCGACUCGACUCGCAGCUGUCUCCUCUGCGCCUUCACCGAGACGCCCAAGCCACAAAAACAGCACACUGUCCUUGUUGAUGACCGUGGUAGUCUGGCGACGACGAGUCGCAGCAGCAACGAAGACCAUCGGCCGUCGCGCUACGAUCUUGGGCGCAAGAGCAGCCAUCCGCACAUGUCGUCGUCCGUGUCGACGACGUCGUCGUCCCCGCGCAUGAGCUUCCGACGAUCGAUGAUCCAGAUGCCAUCAGGCCUCGAACGGACGUCGUCAGUACUAUCGCUCACCGAGAGCCUGGCCAAGACGAGUCCGACGACUGCAAGCGAGAGCACAAGUGUAGUUUCUUUUGAGCGUCGGGCGCGCCGUGCCGCGAUGAAGGAGCGAUCGUACUCGCUCGUCGAGUCGGCGAUGCGGCGCGGCAGUGUCCACGACACACCCGUCCUGCAGCCGAUCCAAAGCCACGCGCUCGAGCUCCUUACCGAGCUCGGGCUCCUCGACAAACUCUCAGAGCUCGGGGUCGUUGAAACCCGCCCAACGAUUGCGUCGUCCGCGUACCUCUCGGCGGAGAUGAUCGGCCUCGAGCCGUUGUGA